CAUUUGUCAAGAUUUGUCAUUUUUUGACGUUUCUCGCUCUUUUCCCGACAGUCUCUUACUGAAGAUUGACUUCAAUUCGGAUUAAAUUUGAUUUAAAAUGUCUCUCGUAAUCCCAGAGAAGUUUCAACAUAUUCUUCGUGUUAUGAGCACGAACAUCGAUGGUAAACGCAAAGUUCCCAUCGCCAUGACUGCCAUCAAGGGUGUAGGACGUCGUUAUGCCAAUGUUGUCUUGAAGAAAGCUGAUGUUGACCAAAACAAACGCGCAGGAGAAUGCACUGAUGAAGAGGUUGAGAAAAUCGUCACGAUCAUCUCGAACCCUCGUCAAUACAAAAUCCCCGAUUGGUUCUUGAACAGACAAAAGGAUAUCAUUGACGGCAAAUAUUCGCAAUUGACCUCAUCGAACGUCGACUCAAAAUUGCGUGAAGAUUUGGAGCGAUUGAAGAAAAUCCGUGCUCAUCGCGGUAUGCGUCAUUAUUGGGGUCUUCGUGUUCGUGGUCAACACACCAAAACAACAGGCCGACGUGGGCGUACUGUUGGUGUAUCCAAGAAAAAGUAAACAAAUAAACAUGUUUGUUGUACAACUACAAA